AUGCGGCCACGAAAAUCCAUUUUGGGCAUUGCUUCCUCACCUACCCAACCCCGCAGGCUUGGGAGUCUCAUCAACCAGACCUUUGUCUCUCUUGCCCAGUCCACCGAGCCUUUCCAGGCCACUAUUGCUUUUCCAUCAACCAGUCACUAUACCUCCCGCCCAGAGUUGACCACCACAUACGCCCCUGACGAGGCAGACGACGAGGGAGAGGACUCGUCCUAUGACUUGGACGAGGAAGACGACGGGGACGGAAUCUAUCUUGAUGAGGAAGACGACGACGAAGACGACAACAACGGGGACCACAGCUCGGACAACUACCUGGACGAGAACCUAUGUUAUAACGACCCAUAUAACUUUCCUGUUCAUAACCACCCACCACGGCCUUCAGACGUCCCACCCCAUCCCGACCUGUAUCUGUCCGAAGAGAGUGACUUCUCGGAUGGUGCUGGAACCCCGUUGGUGAAUCACUAUUCAGACGUCCUAAACCUGCUCUCUCACGACAUGGAUAUUGAAAGCGCGAGCGAUACCGACGCUGGGAUCGAGUAUUCGAGCCAUGAAGAAGAUGACGGGCUGGACAACAGCCCGCCUGGUUCCAUCAGCGGUCCCGAGCCAUCACUCCAGAGUGGCGAUGAUGUCUUUUAUGACGGCCAGCCACCAGUAGAAACAACGAUGGUUGAUUACAUGAGUGUGGCUACAUUCCAUCCAAUACCUCCACCAGCUCCCAACCCACCCAUGAUGCACCAUGCGAUGACAACUUGGUUCGAGGGUGACCACCCUGUUGCUCUCUCGAAUCCCAACUCAGGGACCUUGAGGCCCAGCAAUUACGGCCUGGCUGAUUUUUUGCACAACUGGACACGACAGAGCAACAUGCUGCAAGGCUUGGUCCGCGGGCGAGCUCCAUGGCCAGACAAAAUCAAAGAAUUUGUCUCCGCCGAGCCGACAGGUGUCAAGCGCGAUGAUCUUCAGGGCGAUAUUUGCGACUUUCAGGGUGUCGACUGGGACGAUAUGGGGGUGCUGAGAAAAGAAGCACGGGAACGCCGACUGCUCACUUACAACAACUAUGUUAACAUACCAGGCUCAGACAAGUGGACUCCCGAUCUGCCUGAUGUUAUGCUCCCACAAAGGGAAAGCUUCUUUCGGUUCCGCCGGAUGAAUAUCAGGCGUAAUGUGAACUUGGCCCACUUUCAGCUUCGCUAUCUGUUAGGAAGCACUUCGCGUUCACGGGUCUUUUAUCCUAGCAUCAACUCCAUACAGCAACUAAAUCCCAUCUCGGGCGAAGCCUGCCCGAUUGUGAAACUGAGCGACACCGCCGGAUCACAGAUAUCAACCCUCAUCGCCGACCAUGGCGUCCUGGUGGCGGGUAGCUUUAUUGGAGAGUAUACCAUCCGCCAUCUCGAUUCGAAUGAGCCCGAGAGCAAGGCCUGCCACACCGGAACUAUCACCACCCAUCUCAGUGGUAUCACGAACCAUGUCCAGGUCCACCAGGCGCGGUCAUCCUCGUCGCCGUUGGCAGCUUUCGCCUCAAAUGACAUGGUGUUCCGGACGCUGGACAUCGCCACUGAGACUUGGCUCUCUUGCGAGAACUUUGAUUUCCCGUUGAACUGCACAGCGCUGUCACCAGACAAGCGGUUGCGUGUCAUGGUGGGCGACACGCUAAACGUGACCAUCACAGCGGCUGAAUCAACACUUCCAGACGGCAAACCAGAGGUCCUCCGUGAACUUUCGGGCCACCACGAUUUCGGCUUCGCCUGUGACUGGGCGGACGACGGCUGGACCAUCGCCACGGCGUUCCAAGACAAGUCUGUCAAGAUAUGGGAUGCCAGGUACUUGACCGACAGCUCAGGCGCCUCGGUUCCCCUCUGUACGAUUCGAAUGCAGAUGGCCGGGGCGAGAAACUUGAGAUUCUCGCCAGUGGGAAGCGGCAAGAGAGUCCUCGUGGCGGCCGAGGAAGCCGACUUUAUCAACAUCAUCGAUGCCCAGACGUUCCGCUCCAAGCAGACGUUGGAUGUGUUUAGCGAAAUCGGCGGUGUAACUUUUGCAAACGGCGGUCAGGAUCUAAUGGUCUUGUGCUGUGACCGUGAUCGUGGAGGGUUGCUGCAACUGGAACGGUGUGGGCUUGGAGACGAGUCAGUCUUCCAGGCGGAGGACGACAACGGUAAGCCAGUCCGUCUUGGAGAGCACCCUCUCCGGCAUCACAGAGGCGGUAGCUAUGACUGGCCCGAGUCCGUGUUCACAGAAGACAGAAGAAGGAAAGAGAGCUCGACGAAGAGGUACAGGAAGGCGGCGGCGCAGUUCGAUAUCGAACCGUUCUGA